AUGCUUCCCCCACGACGAGCGGUCAUCUUCCUCGGCGUCUGCUUCUGCCUUAUCCUCUUCCUCACAGCCCGAGCCCUAUCCCGACCUUGGAAUGAGGUCCCCCAAGUAAUUGGUCUGGGCGACCUGGUCAACCAGAACGACACAAGCUGGAACUUCACGCGUGGUCACACCAACAAUGACCUCUACGCGCCACCCCCACACUUUGUACCGGGGAUCCCCAAACCCCUGGGCUACCAAUACUCCAAAGUGAUGGUAGUAACGCGGACCAAGGAGGAAGACACAGAUUGGAUCGCCAAAGAGCUCCCAGACUGGGGCACAGCCAUCUACGUCGCAGACGACCCAUCCGCGCCCCUCCACCCACCCAAAAACAAAGGCCACGAAGUCAUGAUCUACCUCACCUACCUCAUCGACCACUACGACCAACUCCCCGACGUCGCUGUCUUCAUGCACUCCCACCAAAACGCAUGGCACAACGACGAGCUCGUCGAGGGCGAUGCAGCUCGUCUUCUUCGCAGGUUGAAUCUCAACCGCGUCAUCCGUGAGGGCUACAUGAAUACCCGCUGUGGGUAUGGGCCUGGUUGUCCGGCUUGGAUGCACCCGGGUGCCGUGGAAGAAGACGAGUCGAAACAGGAGGAGAUCAUGCUUGCGCGGGCGUGGGGUGAGCUCUUCCCUGACCAGCCUAUCCCGUCUGUCCUGGCGCAACCGUGCUGUGCGCAAUUUGCGCUAUCGCGGGACCGGAUCCGGUCAAUCCCGAGGGCGCGGUAUGUCUUUUAUAGGGAUUGGUUGUUGUCGACUGACUUGAGUGAUUAUAUUACUGGUCGGAUUUGGGAGUAUCUGUGGCAGUAUAUCUUCACGGGCGAGGCUGUUCUCUGUGUUGAUGAGAGUGUCUGUCUUUGCGAUGGGUAUGGCUUCUGUUUUGGAGGUGAUGAGGAGUAUAGGGCUUAUCAGCAGUUGGGGGCUGAGAAGAAAGAACUCCAGGAACAGUUUGAUAUUUGGGUUUGGUUUGCUGCUGAUGUUCAGUCAUCCCAGAAUGGCGAUUCGGAAGGCGCCACACCCGAGGAGGGGGCUGACAUUCACCAGCAGCUGCAGGAUAAGCAGAAGCAAGUCACUGAGGCUCUGUACAAUGCCAAUCUACGUGGGAAGAAUCCCCGACUCCGUGCUGAAGAGGUUGGUCGGCCUUGGAAAGAGGGCGAUGGGUUCUGA